AUGGACUAUUCGGUCGCCGAGUCAGACUCGCCCUGGGCUUCGUCGCCCCAGGCCCACCGCACCGGCUUCGGCGAGAAUGAUGUGCCCUCAGAGCCCCUCCCGCCGCAGUCGCCCUACCACGAUGCCCAUGCCGCCGCAACCGAGCAGCCUUUUGCCGACGAGCCCAGCCAGGGCGGCCCGACCACCCUCGCCCACGAGGGCUUCCAACCCCCGGAGGGCCAUGACUACCCGCAGUCUCCUCAGCGCCAACACCAGCCCGACCACCAGUCGCAGCAGUAUGCCCAAUCGCCCGACCAGCCUCAUGGCCAGCAGCAGCCCCGCCACGAGCCCCAACGCUACCACGGAAGCCAGCGCCAGCGCCAGAAUGUCCCGCAGUACAAACUGCACGCGAAGGUGACGGGCCUGGAGCGGACCGGCCGGAAGGACCCAAUCCUGCGAUUCGACGUCUACACAAACUUGCCCAAGUUCCGCACCACUCAAUUCCGCGAUGUCAGGCGCCUCCACUCCGAAUUCGUCAAGUUGCAGGAGCACUUGAUCUCGGCCAACCCAGAAACCUUCGUGCCCGCUGUUCCCCCGGCAAUUACUUCUGCUGGCGUCGGCACCGAUGAGGACGAGGCGCGCGUCAAGGCCUCGAUACAAAGGUGGCUCAACGUCGUGUGCAGCAACGAAGUUCUCAUGCGCGAUGAAGAGAUGGUCUUCUUCGUCGAAAGUGAUUUCGGUUACAGCCCGGUCGUUAGGCGCAAGCAGCCGGCCACCGGUGUGCGACGCAAAUACAUCAAGCAGUUCGCACCACCGCCCGAUGACACGCCGGAAUUGGCCGAGGCCAGACCUAUCGUCAAGCUGUUCUACCUCCACACCAUGGAGUCGGGUCAGAAGGUUGACAAAGUGGUCAAGCAUCGGAGAGCUCUUGGUCUGGCCGAGGGCGAGCUGGGAGUCAAGCUUGCACAAAUGCACGUCCAGGAAACUCACCCUGGCCUCUCGCACGCAUAUCGCCGGAUGGGGAAAGUGAUUCAAGCCGUCGGAGACUACCACGCCGCCCAAGGAACUGCCGAAGCUACCACGAUUGGAGACCCGCUCAAGUUCCACUCGGACGACGCCUUCAUUGUGAAGGAGACCCUUACAAACAGGCACAUCCUUCUGCGCGAGCUCCUGCAAGCUCAACAAACCACUCGCUCGAAGCUCUCGGCCGCCGACCGCCUGAAGGCCAGCUCGUCCGUGCGCCGCGACAAGGUCGACGAGGCCAUCUCGGCACUUGAUGAGGCGCGCAGUCACGAGCAGUACCUGGGCACCAAGUGCGCACGGGUGACGGCCAACCUAGUGCAGGAGCGGCGCAAGUGGUUCGCGCGCACCUCGGCCGACAUGCGGACUGCCAUCCGCGACUACGUGUUGCGCCAGAUCGAGGCGGAGCGGCGUACGCUCGCCACGCUCGAGCAGGUCCGCCCGGACAUCCGCGCCAUCGACGCCUCUGGCGGCCUCUCCCGCCUCGGCCGCGAGACCCACCACCCCCAUAUCCGCCGCUCGAGCCUCGCGUCCUCCCAGGGCCCCAAGGGUGAUGCUUGGAGCGGCGUCCCCCGCCGCCCUGACGGCCUUGGCCGCAGCAUCAGCGGGGCUGGCUCCUUCAACAACCCGCCCUUGCCCGAAGAGGACGACGAGGAGGAGGACGACGGUGAAAUCUUGCACCGCAAGCGGGCGACCAGCGUUGCUAAGCCCGGUACCGCCAUGAAGGGUGUGUUGACCGCGGAUGAGGACGAUGACAGGGUGGACGCGAGAAAUGCGGCGAGCAGGCUGGCGACGACGACAUUCUAA